AUGGCGUGGACUGAGCUGGAGCUCCGGGCCGGGCUCAGAGCUGGGCCACACAGGGCCCUACUACCACUCCUCCUCCAGGGAUUGAUGCUCCUUACAUCCCCCUGCCUUGGUGGUCCCCCACAGCCGGCACGCACCCCUCUGUCACCCGGGCAGCCUUUUCUAGUACUAUGGGGAAUCCCCAACAAGGCGUGUCCUGGACGACCUGACCCAGGAGCCUUUGGGAUGGAGAGAGAGGGCCGCGUGUCCAUGUUUUAUGAGGACACUCUGGGGAAGUACCCCUAUUACACUAACCAGGACCAACCGGUGAACGGAGGCCUUCCCCAACACACCAGACUGGAUGGACACCUCCAGAAGACAGGGGAGGACCUGGCGGCAGCGCUACCAUCAAUAGGUUACCAGGGCCUGGGAGUACUGCGUUGGGGCCAGUGGUCCCCGCAGUGGGGAAGGAACCGUGAGAAACAGGGCAUCUACCUGGAGGGCUCCAGGGCUCUGCUGAGGACCUUCUUCCCUGACUGGACCACGGAGGAGGUGGAGAAGUGGUCUCAGGUGGACUUUGAGGCAGCGUCCCAGUCCAUCCUCAUGGAGACGCUGUGGGAGGUGAGGAGGCUCCGCCCCAAGGCUCUGUGGGGCGUGACCCCAUACCCCAACUGCUACAACUCCGGCCCCGCCCAGUCGCUGUCCAAUUACACGGGUCGCUGUCCCGCUGCCGAGAUGGCGUUGAAUGACGAGCUGCUGUGGCUCUGGAAAUGCUGCUCUGCUCUCUACCCCGCCCUCACUCUAGAGAAGCUGCAGGGUGGGACAUCAGGGGCCAGACUGUACACGUCCAAUCAGAUCCGAGAGGCACUGAGAGUGGCAAGCUUGGCCGGGACCGCCUACGACCUUCCUGUGUUCCCAUUGGUCAGGAGUGUCUAUACAUCGACCAAUACUUUCCUGUCUGAGGUGGACCUGGUCAACACCAUUGGUGAGAGUGCUGCCAUGGGGGCAGCAGGGGUUGUCCUCUGGGAGAAAGAUCAAGGUGUCUUUUCUACAAGGACUCAGAGAGCCUGCUCAGAGCUGGCCGCGUUUGUGCGUGAGGUCCUGGGCCUUUACGCCGUCAACGUGACCACGGCCGCCCGCCUGUGCGGCGUCUCCCUGUGCCAGGGGCGUGGCCGGUGCGUGCGCCGCAAACCCGAGAGCUCAGCCUACCUUCACUUGCCGCCCUCCAACUUCGUGAUGACGCAGGGGAAGGUGGAGGGGGUGCAGGCCACAGGCCAGCUGGACCCUGGCAACCUGGAGGCCUGGAAGAGGGACUUCCAGUGCCAGUGGUAUGAGUCCCUGGAGGGGGCAGUCGCCGACGAGGAGCUCCCCAAGGACAGGGCACAGGGAGUCCUUCCCCCCACGCUGAAUUCCCCCUUGUCGAGUGAACUGAACCAAGGGACCAGGCCCACCCUCGCUCUGUCAGACCACAGCGGACCAUCACUCAAGGCACCUCUCCUACCUCUACUGCUGAUUCCCUGUAUCAGUCUAGAUGUCCUGUCCCGCGUCAGCCUACAUGUCCUGUCCCGCGUCAGCCUACAUGUCCUAUCCCGCGUCAGCCUACAUGUCCUGUCCCGCGUCAGCCUACAUGUCCUGUCCCGCGUCAGCCUACAUGUCCUGUCCCGCGUCAGCCUACAUGCCCUGUCCCGCGUCAGCCUACAUGCCCUGUCCCGCGUCAGCCUACAUGCCCUGUCCCGCGUCAGCCUACAUGCCCUGUCCCGCGUCAGCCUACAUGUCCUGUCCCGCGUCAGCCUACAUGUCCUGUCCCGCGUCAGCCUACAUGUCCUGUCCCGCGUCAGCCUACAUGUCCUGUCCCGCGUCAGCCUACAUGCCCUGUCCCGCGUCAGCCUACAUGUCCUGUCCCGCGUUAAGCAACCUGCCUAA